CCAUCAUCACGAGACCAAGUAACACUCGCGCGCGUGGGAUGAAUCGCACUGGCGUCAUUUAGUGACUCAACGCAGCUCGUGCUCAGUUAAAGUAAAGCAGCACUCAGUAACACGUCCUCUAGUUUUAGCUCUGAUGGAGGAUAAACACACAGAUGGAGGUGUUACAGGUGGAGGGAGGCUUGUGUCCUUCGAGGAAUUAAACUGCGCAGUUAUGCGUUUCUUCAUCGGCAAACAAGGACAAGAACUGUUUUGUAGAUCCUUCCGCAGCUGUCCAGCAGCUGUGAUUCUUCCUUUAUUCCUGCAGUGGGAUGGAAAGUGAUGUCACUAAAUCUAAUGCAUCUGCAGCCAGUGGGAAUGUGUCCAUGGCAUAACCUGUCAGGAGAUUCUGUCCGAUGGAGCAGAGAAAGCUGAACAGCUGGGAGAACCAAUCAUCAUAGAGAAGAGGAAAACUCUUUUACUCUCUGUGGUCGUGCAAGUCAGGUCAAAGACUUGUUUGGAGGACGUUUCCUGUAGGACCGAGCCAGCGUGCGAGAAGCUCAAUUUGGAAGCAAAGGAAAGUUUGGUGGUCUCUGUUGAUAUCUGCAGUGAAGGGUUUCUUCAGUGUGGCUGAAUGUAUCACAUAGCAGAGCAGUAUUCUGGACGUAACUCGUGGGACUCCUUCCCCUCUUCUGGGCCCAACCGAGCAUCAUGGGCCCCAGGCAACAACCAACACUGGGCCCCCCACUCCAGUGGAGGGACCUAUCAAUCCCAAUCACAAAACUACACCGCAGGAAGAAACUACCCAAACAAAACAUAUAACAACAGACCUCCAGGUUUCAACAGGGACAGGCCCCACACUCACCCCAGAGACAGAGGCAUCGAAAAGGAGCAGAGGGUCCCGCGGGGCUGCGGACCAAUGCAGAACAAAUAUCACAACCCUGGGUGUCCACCACACCUCUCUAGCAGCAACAAUCACGGUUGCCAGCCAUAUAGGUUUGGGGGUCUGCACCAGCAGCAGCAUCCCACCGGGCGCCCCUCGCAACCCCAAGGAGAGAAAUAUACACAAUCGGCUAAGUCCAGGACUUUCCAAGGGCCUUCUCUCAAACGGCCAGCACCUUCUCACAAUGUCUCACCCUCCCUCCGUGACUCAUCCCCGUCACGAGAUGACUGUCCCAACAAGAGGAAUAGAAGCAUCAACUCGCACCAGAAUUUCCACCAGAGAGAGAAAUAUUUCAUCAACCGCCCAACUCCAUCACAUCCACCUCGGCAGUGGAGUCCAGCGUACAAAAGCUCAAUGCCCUGGACUGAGAAGAGAUCCUCCCCCUCCCACUUUCAGGAGUCCCAUCAUUCCAUCAUGAGAGAUUACAACUACAGACCCUAUUCCCUCCCAUCACUGUCCAACAGUGGGUACGGCCAGGGCCUCCAUGGUAAGAAACCCGCCAAACAGGGGCCACCUCAUCAUCCAGUCCGAGACCAUCCAGGCCCUCAUCCCCGUGAGGCCAAAGGGGGCUGGGAUUUCCCAUCACCAGCAAACCUCACCAGUAUGCCUUACAGUCAGCAGCACCAGCUUCCUCCACCACAAAGGCACACCAGCCCCUCAGGCAGUCCAACCACCUUAUUACCUCAGCCCAGAUUAAACACAGCACAGCCUGACUGGAAAACACAUAGCCGCUCUGGAAAACACGGCAGCAGUGAGAUUGGGCGUUCCCCCUCUAACCUGGAAUCCCAGGAGUCGGUGGGUGGGGACAGAAAGCGACUCAGCCGUCAACGGAGUCCUGUUCAGUCGCACAGCAGUGCAGAUGAUAGAGCGAGCGGUCCAACUGGGAGAGAAUGGAGGAGUCCAGAGACUGGAUUAAAGAAAGAUUCAGAUUCUGAGGCUACCACCUCAGUCAAGAGCCAAAGGGUGCAGAGGUCAGAAAUGAAAAAGAGCAGACACUCUAAACACCAGUCCAUCCAUGAGAGCUCCCUCAGCAGGCUGGAAACUGAACUCCUGAAACACAUUAAGGCCAAGAGGAGGCACAGGGAGCGUAUGAGGAGGAAGGAGAGAAAAGAGGAGGAAGAGCUGAUAGAUGCAAGGGAACGGAUGGAGAAAAGACUAGAGAAAAAGAAAAAGGUGAGGGAAGGAAGAAAGGGACAUGAAAAGAAAAACACACAUCAAAAUGAGAGGAAGUUGGUUCAGAUGAAAAGAAGAGCAAAAGAGAAACAUGCAGACAGAAAGAGUGAGAUGCCCACUAAGAAAUCAGCAUCUCCUGAUUUAGGAAUAUCAAACCCUAGUGAUUCUGAAACUUUAAUGUCCGAACCAUCGUCACUUCAUCUCAAACGCAGAGAGGAAGGGAAAAAAAUCUCUCGACAUACCUCAUGGUUCAUCCCAACCUCUUCAUCUCCUCCUGCCAAUAACAACCAUUGUUCUCCUAGCCACUCAAUCCAAGAAACCCAUCUUAAAACUUUGGAAGAUGACGACCAGUCAAAUUGUUCUGAACCUAACCAUGUAGACAGUGUGCACACAAAUUUAGAUAAAGAUGGCUCGACACAAACUCGUCCAGAUGAGCAGAAGAAUUGUAGAGGACAUCCCGCCAACAGCAAGGAGGGUGUCCACUGUGCUCCAGAUCUCCUCCCGGCUCACUGCAGUUAUAGUGAGGAGCUCCUAAGGUUGGACCCACCAACAAGCCCACCUGUUCUAAGCUGGCAGGGCUCACCGGUGUCAGACCUGGAUGAAGAUGUUGAAGAUGACAACCAGGAAGGAAUCAUUGGAGUGCUGAGGAGACCAGUACUACAGCCUAGUCCAACACACUCAUCGCCACUCAGAGACACAGUGGACACCAGCACCGAGAUUGACUACUGCCACAGUGAUCUGGCCAAGCUGUAUGGUCUUCCUGAGCCCUCAAAGGCAAUGGAGGUUGAGGAAGAAGAUGAUGAAAAGCAAGAAGGUGAUCAGAAAGAUGGCAGUCCUGAUGCAUCUAGCUCUCAGCUCAACAAGCCACACCUCCACCAAAUGGACACGUCACCAAACUCAGCCAUGGGCGGCCAUAGGUACACCUACAGGGGCGGGCCAUUUGGUCGGCCACCGCCUGGUGCUUUAAUAGGUGUGAAGUACUCAUCAUCUCUGUCCUUGGGUCCAGCGAUCCACCCUCCAGACCAGCAAAGUCCACCUUCCACAUCUCCAACCAAGGAUAUCCAAAAUCAGGUCACGCCUCUCAUUGAGGAAUACAAAGAAAUGAAAACUGAGGGAGAAGAGCAUGAAAAAGAGGUAACAGACGAAGAACAGAAAGAAAAAGAGGAGGAGAGAGAGAUGCAAAAAGUGUAUGAAUAUAUGGAGGUCUACGCAAAUGAAUCAGCUAAGCAACCAACCUGCACAUCACUAGUGGAGAAGAAACCUCUGUCUCCCGCCACCCUGCAGGCUAAACUUGCUCACAGCUGCGAGCUUCUGCUCAAUCUAACCUCCAGCCCUGUGUCAGUAGCAAAGCGGAAAGCUGUGAAAGUAAGUGGGUCCUCGUCCAAGAAGAAAGAAACAAACCAAAAUAGGAUCAGAAAGCGAGACCGUGUGAGAACUCAAAAAAGGAAAGCAAAUGGAGAAAAUCAGGAAAAGGGACAAGAGAUUCAAACGCAAAAGGAGACAGAGACGUCAUCGACACAUACCUUGUGCUCUGACGGUUCAGAUAAGCAAUCAAUGAAGAUCAGAGUCAAACAGGUCAUCCCAGAAAGCCAACAAAAUGACAAGAAUAAGCCAGAAGCAGAACCAGAAGGAAAAGACAAAGAAAAACAGACAAUUGUUAUUAACAAGAGCAUGAAUGUUGACACAGUAAAUGCAGGUACAACAAGCCAUAUGGCAUCUCCCAUAACCAGCACGCAAACCUCCUGUCCUAUAACUGCAUCUGGCAGAUCUCCACUGCUGGUUCGCGUCAAUCUUCUUGAGCCAAAUGCGUUAUCUAAGAUUCCUUUGAAAGAUCUGAAGAUCAGAGUGAUCAAGUUAAAGUGUGGAGAUCGAAAGACUUUCAUCACGUCUGAGAUGGAGCAAAAGAGCAUCCCCCUGAACGCCAUCACCAUUAGAAACAACGCAACUGAGAUCAUACAGGCCUGCAAAGCGGCAAACAUUAAGGCCAAGUUUCGGGAGUCGUACCUGCUGCCUGCUUUGUCAGUGAAGCCCAAUCUCUCCAGCGAGACCCCCAUUGAGAAACUCAACCCUCCCACACCAAGCAUUUAUCUGGAGAGUAAGAGAGAUGCAUUCUCUCCUGUACUGCUGCAGUUUUGCACAGACUCUAAGAAUGCUGUAACUGUCAUUAGAGGACUGGCUGGAUCUCUUCGUCUUAAUCUGGGUCUGUUUUCCACUAAAUCCCUGGUAGAAGCUAAUGCAGAGCACACAGUGGAAGUGAGAACUCAGGUGCAGCAGCCGGCAGAUGAGAACUGGAACCACACCGGAUCCUCCCAGACGUGGCCCUGCGAGAGCAGCAGAUCUCACACCACCAUCGCUAAAUAUGCCCAGUACCAAGCGUCUAGCUUCCAGGAGAGCUUACAGGAAGAAAAGGACAGUGAAGAUGAGGAUAUGGAAGAGAAAUCGGAGAAGAAAAAUGCGACAAAAUCCAACCCACAGGUCACCAUAGGGACAUCCACAGCAAGCUUAGAGCAGAAAACUGUUGGAAAAAUCAUCAAGUUUGGAACCAACAUUGACUUGUCUGACCCCAAGAGGUGGAAGGCGCAAAUGCAGGAGUUGUUGAAGUUACCAGCGUUCAUGCGUGUGUCCUCCAGUGGAAACAUGCUGAGUCAUGUUGGUCACACUAUACUGGGCAUGAACACAGUACAGCUUUAUAUGAAAGUCCCUGGCAGCCGCACCCCAGGACAUCAGGAGAAUAAUAACUUUUGCUCUGUAAAUAUCAAUAUUGGCCCUGGAGACUGUGAGUGGUUUGCUGUCCAUGAACACUACUGGAAAGCCAUCAGUGACUUCUGUGAAAAGCAUGGCGUGGACUAUCUGACGGGCUCGUGGUGGCCAGUUCUGGAGGAUCUUUAUCGGUCGAACAUCCCUGUUUAUCGGUUCAUUCAGCGACCCGGUGACCUCGUGUGGAUCAACGCUGGCACCGUGCACUGGGUUCAGGCUGUGGGCUGGUGCAACAACAUCGCAUGGAAUGUGGGCCCUUUAAAUGCCUAUCAAUACCAGCUGGCUCUUGAGCGCUUUGAGUGGAAUGAGAUUAAGAAAGUCAAAUCGAUCGUCCCCAUGAUUCAUGUGUCCUGGAACGUCGCCCGCACAAUUAAAAUCACAGACCCAAACACAUUCAAGAUGAUAAAACAUUGUCUCCUUCAGUCCAUCAAACACAUUCAGAUUUUGAGGGACCAGCUGGUGUCUGCAGGGAAGAAGAUCUGCUAUCAGAGCAGGGUGAAGGACGAGCCAGCGUACUACUGCAACGAAUGCGACCUGGAGGUGUUUAACCUGCUGUUCGUGACCAGUGAGAACAGUAGCAGGAAGACUUACGUGGUUCACUGUGAGGACUGCGCUCGGAUUCGGAACCCCAGUCUGACAGGGCUUGUGGUGCUGGAACAGUGCCGCAUAGAUGAGCUGAUGAACACGUAUGAUAACUUCACCCUGGCUCCAGUUCCGAGCUGUAGGUGAACUUGAUGUCUAAAACUACACAGCCAUAACCAAAUCUCCUGCCCCAAAGCAGUGGCACAAACCUUUCGUUCUUUUUUAUUUUACCAAAACCACUACUGCAAACUCAUGAAACAGCCAAUCAAAUCGCUGUUUACUUCACAUUGUUUACAAUACUACAGCAGAUGUCUCUCCAGCUCUCGUCUUCCCCUCAGCCAGCCAAUGAGGGACAUCUGAAUACAGAAUGACUAGAGUGGUGCUACAUCAUUGAACUCGAGUUAAUAAUGUGUAACUUGGCUAUCAGGUCAUUCAUCCACAAUGGAUAACUGCUGUGAUACCUUUGGAAAAAAAAAAGGUCAACUUGUCGAACAUUUGCAUUAAUUCAGGUACUGAUGUGACUUCCUUUUUUAUGCAAGGGGAAGAGGAUUUCACCGGUCCAGUUAUUCCAUGUCUCUGGUUUAUUCAAGUAAGCGGUGCUUUGAUACAACGUAUAACAGCAGGAUAUGAAUUUCUCCUGUAGCUGAUGAUCAUCGCAGUGGCAUUAAGUUAUUUCUGUUGUUUCGGUCGUGUCAUAUUUACUACGUAGGUCUGACCUUUGUAAAUGGUAUUUACAUAUUUGACUGGGUGCUAUUUUUUAAGUUCUCAAAGGUUUUCAAAGUAAUUAAAAAAACUUUUUUAACAGUCCAGACUAACACCAUUUUGGCCUUGUGAUUUGCAUUUAGACAAAUGAUUUCGUGGUAUUUGAUUAAGUAAAUAAUGACAUUUUCUUAGAGCAUUAAAAAUAUCAUGCGAGAUACAGCAAAUGUAAAAGUUGUUUAAAAAAUACGGGUUUAAUAUACAACUUAUUUGAUUGCAUUUGUCUUGAAAACCUUGUGUUUUUUGUACAAAAACAAAAAAAUCAUUCUUGCAAACUUGUUUUUUAAUGCAUUUUUCAGUCCAAUUGACUUAUGAUUUAAAUUCAGAAAAGAAUACAAAUCGGGGUUUUUUGUUUUGUUUCUUAUUUAUUUAGCUCUCUUUUCUUUUGUAUUUAUUGACUGUUUGUGAUGCUCCUCAUUUUUUCACGUAUGUAUUUUGUAAAUCUUUUCAUUGUGCUGAUGUGGUGCGGCUUAUGGGGGAAACGUUUGAUUUAAAAUGGUGCUGGUUACCCCCUCCCACCUGAGUCUCUCUGUCUGUAUAAAUGAUCUGUAGGCUUGAAAACAUAAGUUAAUCUUACAAGUUGGUGCUUAGAACAGAAUCAGUACACUUUUAUGAACUGAAUGUCUUUGUACUGUAUAUUUAACACAUACAAUUUGUUUGCUUUACAUGGGAUACGAUAUAUUGUGACACGUGUAUGAUUCCAGUCAUGCUAGCUGUUAUGAUUAUUUCAACUUUGUAUCAUUGUCAAUGAAUUCAACAUGAGAGUUUUCAGAUUUUUGUUCCAUCAAUACCUCUCAAAGUUUGUUUUCAGGUUCAUGGCCAAUUUUUUACUGUACAAAAAAAAGAAAUGACAAAAAAAGAAAAUUAAAAAGAUUAAGGAUCUGAGCCAGACUUGUCUAAAACAUUUUGUGAUUUUUGUGUGUUAUAACUGAUAUAAUGAUAACUAUAAAAAAAUAAAUCAUUCUGAUAAAUUCA